UCUCCAUUAUUAUCAUCUGCAUUCCUCAUAAAUUCCGGUGCUGUUCGUUGUGCGGUUCAACAGGUGUGGAUUGAUUACUAGCUGUGCAAUUCAGUUAACAACUGAUUAUCCUGUGAUCAAUAUAAAUAAUUCGAUUUUUUAAUUAUGGUAACUGCGAAAAAAUUCGUGCUAGUGAAGCAUUUCGAGGGUGAGCCAAAGCCUGAUGAUCUGCAGAUCGAGACCGAAGAGUUGCCGGCCAUUCAAGAUGGAGAAUUCCUCGUGGAGGCAGAAUAUCUGUCAGUGGAUCCUUACAUGCGUCCGUACUCGGCCAGAUUCCCCGUGGGAAUCACGAUGAUCGGAUCCCAGGUUGCUAAAAUUAUUGAAUCGAAAAAUCAACAUUUCCCAGUGGGAAGCAGGAUUGUUGGUUACUUGGGCUGGAGAUCCCACACAGUCGUCAACUUGAAAAAUUUUCAGGGAAGUGGCGUUGCCGAUGCCCCUCCAAUGCUCCUCCCUGACAUGGGAAACCUCUCUCCAUCGCUUGGACUGGGUGUUCUUGGGAUGCCAGGACAAACCGCGUACUUUGGUUUCUUAGAAAUCUGCAAGCCGAAAGCAGGUGAGACCCUAGUGGUGACUGGAGCAGCUGGAGCUGUUGGUUCUCACGUGGGACAGAUUGGAAAGAUCGCGGGGCUGAAAGUAAUCGGAAUCGCUGGAUCCGAUGACAAAUGCCAAUGGAUUACCAAAGAAUUAGGCUUUGACCACGCCAUUAAUUACAAGACACAAAAUGUUGGGGUUGAAUUAAAAAAACUUGCCCCCAAUGGCAUUGACUGUUAUUUCGAUAAUGUGGGCGGAGAGAUCUCCAGUACAAUUCUCUACCAGAUGAACACUUUUGGUCGUGUCUCGGUCUGCGGAAGUAUCUCUUCGUACAACGCAGACUCUUCGGCGUAUCCAAAAGCAACAGUUAUUCAACCUGCUGCGGUUUUUGGUCAAUUAAAAAUCGAGGGCUUCCUUGUGACACGCUGGGCUGACCGUUUUCUUGAGGGAAGUGUCAAAAACCUCCAAUGGAUCAAAGAAGGAAAACUCAAAUACCGAGAGACUAUUACUAACGGAUUCGAAAAUAUGUUCAAAGCUUUCGCUGGAAUGCUGAAGGGAGAAAAUAUCGGAAAAGCUGUUGUUAAAGCUUAAAAAAUACUCAUUCAUGUCAAUAUGCUAUUACUAAAUAUUUUUUAUAAACAUGAGAAAAAAUAGAGGGGUUUUUAAUUUUGGGAAUAAAAUGCUGCAGGACUACUCGUUCUUAAAUCAA